ACUGCGCCGCAACGAGCUACUUCCGCAGAUAAAGCGUUUGGUGAGUUUUUGUCAGAAAGUAGCUCCUGUAAAAUAUUGCGCAUUUUUGCAAUCUUGUGAUUUGCUCUUUGAUGGCAAAGAGGCUCACCGACGACACUUUGAUUUCCCAGUUACCCAUUAAGAGAAAAUUCCUGUCUUCUUGCCGUGUUGCUGACCUGCAGCUCGGGAGCAUGGCUGUGUACGGAGGCGUGAGCCCAUCGAGCACACGAGAUUUGUUGAUUGAUCACUGCAAAAAGAGGAGACGUAGCGUAGAAAUUCCAGAUGUGCCACAGGAAGAAGCGCCUCUGGAUCUCACGGCGACAACCCCUGACGCGCGCAAGGAAAGUAUGAGUAUGUCACAUGCGCAGACAUGCGGACGCUACAAUGAAUCUCUCGACUCCACUACGGCCAGCAAACGACGCCGAGAAGAAUAUGUGGAAUCGGGGACUAUCGCUUCUGAGGUUUGCACUAAAACAGACAUCGAUUCUGAAGAUUGCACUUACAAUUCUUUUCAGUACUGGAGGGUCCCUUUGCCUCAACUUGACCUUUCGCUGCUGGAAGAAACCACAGAACAUUGCCAAGUACAACACAAUUCAAAUGUCAGAAACGCUUUGGAUGCAAUGGAGACCUGACAAUGUCAGACUUUAGCAAGCAACCUAAAAUAUAUGUAGAACUGUCAAUGCCAAUUUCUUGUGA